AUGGAGGCAUUCGCAUUCGUAGACUCCGGCGUCACAUGGGGCAUGCCAGUGAAGGCGGACGUGCUGGUCCAACAGCUACAAAAGUACGCUCAGAUCCGGACACUCCGGCUCUGCCAUCUCUUCGGUCGUGGUCCCGAUGCCCAUAUCAGCAAACUGCCGCUCGAAGUCAGACUGCUUAUCGAGAAUCUGAACAAGUGCAAGCCCGUGGACCAUCUGACUCCCGAGAGGUACGCAUAUUUUGCGUUGGAUGUGCAAGGUAGAUCUAGGCUCGAGAUGUGUGAGAAGUGUCUGGCGGAUCUCGCGGCUAAUGUGGACCUGCGCUGGACGCCGCAAUUGUGCAAAUGCAAGAAAAAGGUAGAGGAUAGUGUGAACCAUCGGCUCAAAGACAGUGCCGAGAUAGUAGCAGACUGUGAAAGGAUGGCACAGCGGUGGAGGGAAAUUAUCGACCAGGAAGGCGAGUUUGCAAAGUACGAUGAGCUUCUUCGCAAAGACUUUGGACUCGAGGCAUACAUCAGGAAAAACGAAAUCGACUACAAGUGGGAGGGCCGGUCGCCAUACUGGCGGCGCCUGGCAGGUGGCAGGUUCGGCUGGAGGGACACGCAGCGAACUACCAUGUGCUACCUCACCGUGCCCAACUACACACAGGAACCCCCGCCAUACGGUUGUCCCCAGUCAUCCGAGGGAUAUGAUUUCUGUGGGCUGCAGCCCUAUUUCGUGAAUCUAAAAGGCCUUCUCGAUCGGCAGGAGGAGAGGGUGGAGCAAUUCAAACGCGUUAGACGAGCGCUUCAGAUUGAGGCGUACGCACACGACAGGGAUAUGAGCGACGAGGAGAGCGAAUUCCCCCGGAUCAUCGGUCCUAAUGACGGAGAACGGUCUCCAUCCCCUUGUUCCGACCCACCUGAAUGGCCGCAGCUUGUCGUGCUGAUUCACACCUCUGUACGCGUUGAGGACUCCGAGCAGCGCCAACAUCGCUAUUGGCCUCAGAAUGCAAUGGCGAUUCAAAGAAGGCUGCGCAGAGCGGGCUUGGCUUAG